AUGAAUAUCUCUUUCUCGCUUUUCACAAAAGAAACUGGAAAUCUGUCACAAAAAAUAUUAUACAGUAAAACUUCAACUCUCCAAAAUUCUUACUUCUCCCCAUUGAGGAAAACUCGCUUUGUUAUCCAUGGAUUUACAAGCACUGGAAAAUAUGGCUGGGUUGUAGAGCUGUGUUUGCUUCUGGUGGAUGUGGAAGACAUUAACUGUUUUGUUGUUGACUGGGAAGAUGGAGCUAAGUGCACAUACUUCAUUGCUGGCAGCAAUAUCCGUGUUCUUGGAGCAGUGAUAGUUUAUUUUAUCAGUACCAUGAUGAAAAUCUACCAGUAUUGUCCUUCCAACAUCCACCUCAUUGGCCACAGUCUUGGUGCUCAUACUGCUGGAGAGGCAGGAAGACGACUUCAAAGUGUUGGCAAAAAAUCUCCAGGCAUUGGAAGAAUAAGUGGUUUAGACCCAGCAAGGAUUGGUUUUGAAGGAUUCCCUGAGAUGGUCCGGCUGGAUCCUUCUGAUGCUGAAUUUGUGGAUGUCAUACAUAGCAAUGCUGCCCAAUUUCCUCUAGGAUAUGGGAUGCUUCAGGCCACUGGUGAUAUAGACUUUUAUCCCAAUGGUGGAAAGAUUAUGGUCGGGUGUAAUGACGUAAUUACACCAGUGAGACAACAUGAUCAGGAAGGCCUUCCUAAAGAGAUUUGUUCUGUUGGAAACUGCCAUCACUCACGAAGUCACGAGUACUACAGAUACAGCAUUCUCUACCCCAGUGGAUUCCUUGCCUAUCCCUGCAAAUCAUACAAAUCUUUUCAAGCGGGUAAUUGCUUUCCAUGUCCCAAGGGAGGCUGCCCAGUAAUGGGUCACUAUGCUGAUCAGUCCCGUGAUAAAUUGAAGAAAACCAAUCAAAGCUACUAUCUAAACACAGGACGUAGGGAGCCCUUCACCAGUUGGCGGUAUAAUAUUUCUGUCAAACUAAAUGGAAUGGAACGUGUGAAAGGACAAGUAAAUAUAGUUUUCCACAGUAAAGAUGGAGAUGUAAAGAAAUAUCCGAUUGUGAGAGGCUGCCUUAACCAAGAACAAAUCUAUUCAAAGCUCACAGAUGUAGAAAUUAAUCCAGAAAAUGCUUCAAGAAUUGAGUUUGUUUGGUACAAGCAAUUCUUUACUUUCUUUUGGGCUACACUAGGACCAGAAAAAAUAAAUCUGAUCCGUGGGCAGGAUGGAUGUGUGUAA